AUGAAUAGUUUGCUAUAUUAGAAAAGAGAAUGUUUUUCACUAAGAAUAAGAAGAAAUGAAAUAGAAAAAAUAUUUAAAGAAAAAAGAAUACCUUAAUUAUCAAAAGAAAUGAUGCUUGAUUUAAUAAAUAAUAAGGAUUAAGAAUCAAUCAAUCGACUUACAGAUGCAACUGCGGGAUCAAAAGAACAAACAUUAGAUCUGAUUCAAAUUGGAGGGAUAUAGUUUUUUUAUGAAUUAUUGUAAUCAAAAGAAAAAACUAAUGCUUUUAUUGGAUUGGGUAAUUUAUGUAGUGAGAAGUCAGUUUAAGACGAAGUCUUAGAAUUGAAGAUUAUUGAUUACAUGAUUGAAGAAGUUCAUAGAUACAAAAAUCUUGAAGAUCUAUCCCUCAGAUUAUGGUUUUUGAGUGUGUUAGCCAAAUUUAAAAGAGAUUCUCAAAAUGGGGAAACUGAGAUAAUUUAAAGAGAACAACUUUUUAAUAUCUUUUGGAUGUACUAGAAGAAAUACCCUGAUGUUCUAAAAAUCUAAUAGGAAUGUUUUCAUGGAUUCUACGCUCUAACAAAAGUGACAUUUAUCUAAAAUGAAUUAAUGGAAUUAUGUUGUAAUAAUUUGAAUAAAGGUAUUGAUAAUAUCAUAUUAAAAAUUAUGUACUAUCUAAUCAAUGACUAUGUAAAAUUUGUAUAGAUUCUGCACAAAAGUCAAUUUAUUGAGUUCUGUGCAAAAUAUUUAUAAAUAUCUAGUAGAUAGAAAUAUACCUUAAGAAUACUUUAUUAUUAUGCUUAAUAUUAUGUAGAAACAAUAAUUUAAAAUAAAGAGAUAGUCAAUCAAAUAAUAAUCAUUUAGAACUCUUAAAAACAUUAAAAAUAAAUCAUACUAUUACAUUAUGCAAUGCUAUUUAAAUGCUAAAGUUCACAAUUCAUGGAAAUAAUAAAGGAGUUUGAAAUCAUUAAUAAUCUAAAAGUACUUUUAGAAAACUUUUAAUAUGAAUAACAAACUCUUUGUUUAUUAGCAUUAUUAAAAUAAACUAAUAAAGAUACAAUUAAGGAGUUGAUCCCAGAUUUAGAAAGAGUUUACUCGAAUAAAAAGGACAAUGAGAAGACUCUUAAGAAACUUUAACUGAUUUUAGAUUGA